GCUCCAAUCAUUCUGAAUGGUGGAACGCAGCAAGUGAUCGAAGGUGAGGUGGCAAAAAUUACUUGUAAUGCUUAUGGUGAGCCAAUACCGGUUAUCACGUGGCAGAGGAAUGGAGUUCGUGUUGAGACCGGUAUGCGGUAUAUCGCUGAGGAUAAGAUAUUAACCGUUAUCGAAACCAGGAGUUCUGAUUCCGGAAUUUACGUUUGUGUUGCAACCAACGAGGCGGGCACCACUCAACAGGCAUUCACUCUUGAAGUUCUUGGUAACAAAAACUUACAUUUGCUUAUCUUCAUCGCUUCAUGUUUUUAA